AUGCCAGAAUAUGACAAUAACGUCUUUGGCUUCACCAGAUUGUCCCCCGCGCCGUCCGCUCCGCCAUGUGCUUUGUCGAAGAUGACGAGGACACCUGUGUGCGUCUCACGGAGUACCGGGUUCUGCCUGUCCGUGUUUCGUGUCCCCUUCCUGCUCCUCCUUGUCGUCGCAAGUGCAGCAGCAGUGACGGCGGUAGCAGCAGUAGCAGUGACUCGUGCUCCAGCAGCAGCAGCAGCAGCAGCAGCAGCAGCAGCAGCAGUAGUGACAGCGACAGCGAUAGCGAGAGCAGCAAGAGCAAGAGCAGCUACCACCGCCAUCACCAUCAUCGUCGUUAUCACCAUCGUCAUCGUCAUCACCAUGACCCAGUCGUCGUUUGUCCACCACCGCCUGCUCGCCGUGAAUGCUCUCCACGGUGCUCUUAUACCACGGUGA